AUGGAUCAUUCUGUUAUGAACCACUCACUAAUUAAUCAUCCUAUGAUGAACGUAACGGAACUUACUCCAACUACAGCCACUUUCCUUCAAGCUCUGGUCACUACCAUGAUGAUGCAUCAUGUCCACAAUCAUACAUCUUCAAGAGCAUCUGCAACUCUACCUUCAGCUUCAAAGUAUAAUGAUUCCCUUCAUGAUUAUUCUCAUUCUGGAUUAAAGGUACCACCCAUUUUAACAAACGCAAGUGUUCACAAUAAGGAACAUGGACACCACUACAAGUCUACUAUAAACCUUACAAGUCCAAUUCAGCCUCCUGAACAUGAAGACUUUAUACAAACUCACCACAGUCACUUUCAGUCUCAUGUGUCACCCAGUUUACCAGACUUAAAUAAUCAUAAAAAGGAAAAUGACCAUCACUAUGACCCCCUAACUAUUUCUACAGGCCAACCUCAGUUUUCUGAACAUGGUGAAUCUCUACCUAGUCAUGGUGACCAUUCUCAAUCUCAGGCAUCUGCUGCUUUAACACACUUAGAUUACUACAACCAAGAACAUGACCACCAUGAUAAAUUUCCAACAACUUCUACAAGAAUAAAUGAUUUUGCUGAACAUGAUGAUUCUGUACAUGACCAUCACGGUCAUUCUCAGCCUCAGGCAGUUGUGUCUCCUGCUUUGCUGAACGUAAGUCAUCACAACAAGGAGCAUGAGCAUCACUAUAACCUUCAAACUAUAUCUCCAAGACCAGCUCAGUUUCCUGAAAAUGGUGAUUCCCUGCCUACUCACAAUGACCAUUCUCAAUCUCAGACAUCUAAUAUAGUGACAGAAAUAAAUGUCCACAAUCAGAAGCAUGGUAACCAUCAUGAGCUUCCAGUGGCUUCUACAAAAUCAAGCCAAUUUUUUGACCACAAUGAUUCUAUAAAUGACCACCAUCAUGGACAUCACCAGUCUCAAGAAGUUGUGUCUCCAACUUUAAUGCACGUAAAUGAUCACCACAAAGACCAUAGCCAUCACAAUGAAUAUGUAACAGCCUCUUCUACUCAAGAACAUUUGUCUGAACAGGAUGAUUCUGGUCAUGCUCACCAUGUUAAGUCUCAGGAACAAAUGGAUAUGUCUCCUGCUAUAACAAAUAAAAAUGAUCAUUCUCUACACAGUCAUCAUAGUACUUCAGUACAUGCUCAUGGUGAUCAUGGAAGUGGUAAUCAUGUAGGACAUAGCAUGCAG